CGGGCCUGGCAUAUCUCUCUCUCCCUCACCCAUCCUUCUCCAACUCCGGCCGCCGCCACGGCCAGGCCGGCGUGGUGGUGCGCCUUCGCCUCCCAUCCAUCCACCAGCGCCACCAUCUUCUUCUCCUUCCCCGCAUCCACCAUCAUCCAUCCAGACCGCCGUCACCAGCGCCACCAUCUCCAGCCACCAGCACCACAGCGCCCCGCGCGACUCUCCCUGCUGCUUCUUCUCCCAUGCCUCUCCUGUUGCUCUUCUCCUUCCCUCGCUGCUCCUCUUCUCCACGCCCCUGCAGCCUUCCUUCUUCUCCUCAACCUCCUCGCUGCUGCUCCUCCUUCUCUCCAAAACUGCUGUUGCUUCCUCUCUGAAUCCCUACUGCUGCUGCCUUUUUUCUCCCCUUGCUACUUCUCCUCCUUCCAGCGCCCCCUUUGCUGCUCCUCUUUCCUUCGCUUGCUCUGCUUCUUCCCCUGCCUUGCUAAAGUUCUCUCCUCACGCCCUCUGUUGCUGCUCCUUAUCAACCCCCCUGCUGCCUCUGUUUCUUCUUGAACCUGAAAUCUCUCUCUCUCUCUCUGAAUUUUCUGUAAGCUGAGAUGUAAAACUUUGUAAUGUUCAGAUUCUAAGAGCACUUGCAAUCUGAUAUAUGUUUAGUAGGUACUUGUCAUUUUCUGUUAAUUAAUAUUCUGCUAGUGUAUGUGUGUGAUCUCCUUUGUGUUCAUUUGUUGACUUGUGCUUGUUUGGUUCGAAUCAUUUUGUUGAUCUGUGAGCACUUCUUGUAACCCCCUGGUCGUAUACAUGUGUGGUUAUGUGUAUAUUGUAGUCCCUGUGUUAACUAUGUGCAUGUGAAACUAUAUAUGUAUGUGGUGUGAAACUUAUAUUUCCCAGUACCAUACUACUUGUGCAUGUUCAGCACUAUGAUACAUCUUUUAUUUCUAGUUCAUAUAUUCCUCCUAUGUACUUGUGAUAUGUACGUGCUUUUGAUGUGAAUCACUUCUGUCCUUGUCCCAUUAUCUUUGUUUUGUGUUUUUCUUCUUUUAUAUAACUACUAGUUAUAUUUGUGAUCAUAUAUUAGUACUUUCUUUCUGUCGAUGUUGAUGUUCUGUGUGUUUAUUUUAGUUUCUCAAGUAAUAUGAAAAUACCAAAAAGACAGAGAGUAUAAUCUGAACCUUCCUUUGCUUCUUUUCAUUUUCUUUUGUCGAUGAUUUUUCCCGAAUGAUCUUAGUUAGUCUAGAUUUAGUAUUCUGCUUUCAUCACCCAAUAUUGUGUUACCUAGAUUUAGCCGAGCGUUGUUGCCGUCGCCUAGUCCCUGUGGAGAACACGACAUCCGUAGUUUGGGCAUAAAAACCCUACUAUAUUACAAACGAUCAUUUUGGCGCCGUCGCUGGGGACUAGUGUCGAGUGACCGUGUUAGGCUAUAGACUAGUUUCUUCUUCUUUUUCUAUUUUGUGCCAUAUAUUUGUGAUAUAUCUCUAACUCCUAACCCUUGUUCUAGAUUAUUUCCUCUUUGUUUUCUUUUGCUUUUUGCAGGUUAGAACCAUCUUCUCGGAUAUGGCUUACUAUUCAGAUCAUCAUGCUUAUGCGAGCAACUCUACAAACAGCACGGAAAGUGUUCAAGAACUGAUAGGUAAGAUUUCCCAUCGACUAGAUGAUUUAGCUCGGCAGCGAGAAGUAGUUUUUGAGGAUAGGACUAGCUCUUAUGGUCCUUAUUCUAGAGGCCAUCCUUAUGUUGCUCCUACCUGCCAUAUUUGUGGAUUUCAGGGCCAUUCGCCCGCUGAAUGUCAGCGUGGUUACUCCCAUCCUCCCAAUUGUUAUGGCAUGAGCUUCGCCCCACAGCCUAGCUCAUACCAAAACAAUUACUCAUAUGGGUGGCCUGAAAACCCGAAUAUGUCAUAUAGGAGAAACAACCCUGAGAUCUCACCGUUUGCUUCUAGUAAUCAUAUGCAGGGAUUUAUGUAUGAAGAGGAGAGCCACAACUAUGCUCCACAACAGUCUUAUUCAGCUCCUAUUCAUAUACCUCUGCACCAGGAGAUGUUGCCAAUGGAGUUAAAUGGUCCUCCAUUUGGUCAACCAACAACUCCAGCACCUGUUGUGCAAUCUCAUGUGCAAGUGCCCACUCAAGAUGAGUUCGAUCACAUAGACGAGCUCACACUUUUGAGUCUCGAGUUCACUUGGAGUGCCGAGGAUGAUCCUAUUAGCAAGGUGAUACUUGAGGAAAUGAAGAAGAUUAAGAGUGGAAAGGAGCUAGUGGAAGAAGUAAGGAAGAUUGAGAAGAACAUCAACGCUGGAAGUACUAUCUCUUCCCUCCUUGAGUUGAGUGUGGCCGAGAUUCCCCUUGAUACAUGUGAGGUUCCAACACCGUCACAUCCAGUUGAGCAAGAUAGCAAGAGUCCUGAGGAAGAAAGACCUCAGAUUGAAGAAGAUGAACUAGAAGACAAGGAACAAGAUGGUGAAGAGCUGCAAUUCCCAAGUGAUCAAGUUGAAGACUCAUCAUCUAUUACUCCUGAAGAAGUACAAGAAGCUGCUGUAGAUGAAGAUGAAGAACAUGAGAUUCAUUUGCCUAUUGUCAUACCAGAGCGUCAUGUGUCAGGUUUACCCAAUCCUCUCAAUGACAUGCGUCCUUAUGAUUCCUUUGCUUCUACCUUGCAUUGCAUGAUGCCAUCUGUUAAAGUAGAUUAGAAAAAGUAUUUGCUUGGAUAUGAUCAUAUAUACCCUGUUAGUGGCAUUACUCACAUUAAUGAUGAUCACAGUUACUUUCCUCGUGCUAGACCUAUGGUUAAUGAAACAUAUCAUUCUUAUGCUAGUCUUGAGCUUAAUGAAAAAUAUCAUCCUCAUGUUAGUGUUGACUUUGCUAAUUUCUAUCAUCCUAAACAUGUGCUUUAUAGCUAUGCUUAUGUAAUUGAAUAUUCGAUUGAUGACUUGGAGGGUAUUAUCCCUACCACUUGCAUUGUCUCUUUCGUUGAGUGCUCUUUCAGGUUUUUGCUUGUGCACGAUCCAUUGCAUGCUGACCAGGUUCGAGGUGACAUUCCUUGGGACCCUGGUGGACUCUGAGCAUGGGGAUGAGGAGAAGCAAGGGGCACAUACGAAGAAGAGUGAAGCUGGAGCAUGCAUGAGGAUAGGAAAGCAAUAGGAGAGGAGUCACAAUGCACGAGGAAGCAAAGGAGAGGAGCUGCAGUUGGUGAGGUGAUCGAGCGAGUGCUACUUCCUAUGAAAACCCGAAAAGUGCGCAAGGCACUAUAAUCGUCAAUAUUUCUACUAUGUGGCUAACGAGAAGAGAGAAGGGCUUGUGUGUGACGACAAGAAGUAACCAAAGGGGAUAACUAUAGAAGAGAGGGGAUCUACUUGGGAAGGAAGAAGAUAGUAGGAGGGCCCAUGUGCAAACAUCAAAAUCUGCAUGGAGGGGAUCAAAAUCCCUAGAUCGGCUCCAUUCCCCAUCGGGCCUGGCAUAUCUCUCUCUCCCUCACCCAUCCUUCUCCAACUCUGGCCGCCGCCACGGCCAGGCCGGCGUGGUGGUGCGCCUACGCCUCCCAUCCAUCCACCUACGCCACCAUCUUCUUCUCCUUCCCCGCAUCCACCAUCAUCCAUCCACACCGCCGUCACUAGCGCCACCAUCUCCAGCCACCAGCACCGCAGCGCCCCGCGCAACUCUCCCUGCUGCUUCUUCUCCCACGCCUCUCCUGCUGCUCUUCUCCUUCCCUCGCUGCUCCUCUUCUCCAUGCCCCUACAACCUUCCUUCUUCUCCUCAACCUCCUCGCUGCUGCUCCUCCUUCUCUCCAAAACUGCUGCUGCUUCCUCUCUGAAUCCCUACUGCUGCUGCCUUUCUUCUCCCCUUGCUACUGCUACUCCUUCCAGCGCCCCCUUUGCUGCUCCUCUUUCCUUCGCUUGCUUUGCUUCUUCCCCUGCCUUGCUAAAGUUCUCUCCUCAUGCCCUCUGCUGCUGCUCCUUCUCAACCCCCCUGCUGCCUCUGUUUCUUCUUGAACCUGAAAUCUCUCUCUCUCUCUCUCUGAAUUUUCUGUAAGCUGAGAUGUAAAACUUUGUAAUGUUCAGAUUCUAAGAGCACUUGCAAUAUGAUAUAUGUUUAGUAGGUACUUGUCAUUUUCUAUUAAUUAAUAUUCUGCUAGUGUAUGUGUGUGAUCUCCUUUGUGUUCAUUUCUUGACUUGUGCUUGUUUAGUUCGAAUCAUUUUGUUGAUCUGUGAGCACUUCUUGUAACCCCCUGGUCGUAUACAUGUGUGGUUAUGUGUAUAUUGUAGUCCCUGUGUUAACUAUGUGCAUGUGAAACUAUAUAUGUAUGUGGUGUGAAACUUAUAUUUCCCAGUACCAUACUACUUGUGCAUGUUCAGCACUAUGAUACAUCUUUUAUUUCUAGUUCAUAUAUUCCUCCUAUGUACUUGU